AUGGGGCGACGUCCAGCGAGAUGCUAUCGUUACUGUAAAAACAAGCCAUACCCGAAAUCGCGCUUCUGUCGUGGUGUGCCGGACCCGAAGAUCCGUAUCUUCGAUCUUGGCCGCAAGAAGGCGCCGGUGGAAGAUUUUCCGCUAUGUGUCCAUCUCGUGUCGGACGAGUACGAACAGCUGAGCUCGGAAGCGCUCGAGGCUGGUCGUAUUUGUUGCAACAAGUACCUGGUAAAAUUCUGCGGUAAGGACCAGUUCCACAUUCGCAUGCGUCUGCAUCCGUUCCAUGUGAUUCGCAUCAACAAAAUGUUGUCAUGUGCCGGAGCUGAUAGGCUUCAGACAGGAAUGCGUGGUGCUUUCGGUAAACCGCAGGGAACGGUUGCGCGCGUCCAUAUUGGUCAGCCGAUUAUGUCGGUGCGAUCCAGCGAUCGGUUCAAGGCGCAGGUGAUCGAAGCGCUGCGUCGUGCCAAGUUCAAGUUCCCCGGUCGCCAGAAGAUUUUCGUGUCGAAGAAAUGGGGCUUCACCAAGUACGAUCGCGAUGAGUACCAGAAGCAUAACGAUGAGGGUCGCCUCGUCGCAGACGGAUGCGGUGUGCAGUUCCGCAACGAUCACGGACCACUGGCCAAAUGGGAACAGCAUCAACGCGACCGAUUUGCCGCCUAA